AUGGUCCUUGUAAGUGAAGAAUGUGCUAAUAUUUUAAGUUGCAAUGUUAAAUCACUUGGAACUCUUCUAAAUCACCCUGAAAAUAGGAAAUUAAUUCUGAAAAAGCUUCAAGGUUGUAAGGUUGCAACGACAUAUACUGAUAAAAACGGAAUGAAAAAAAGUUUUACAAUUGGUGAUUUAUCAAGAGAUGGUGCAAAUGUUAUACCAGCAUAUGGGAGACUAUCAAAACCUUUCAACAUUUCUGUGACAGCACAUUAUUAUGCAAAACAUCGUAUCCGUCUCCACAACCCCUAUCUUCACUGCAUUAUCGAACAUUUCCCUAACAAAACAAGUUCAUUCAAAGAAAAUCGAUACUAUCCACUGGAGUUACUUGAACUUAUUAAAGAGGAAGAGGAAAUAGAAAAAAUUUCAUUUUCAAACGGGGAUUCCAAAAUUACAGAGAAGCCUGUAAAUAAUGAUAAAGGAUUAGUAAUUGACGAGGAUGAGGAUGAAAAUUUAGAUCAAAAUAUAUUGGAACCAAGCUAUUACUGCAACGGAUGGUGA